GGUUGUCGGAGCUUUUAAGCAAGACACGAAUAAGCCGGACUGUUUACAGUGUCGGAUUGGUCAGUCGGUGUGCGCUUCCGGGCUUGGAUGCGAUUGAGUGAGCGUCUCAUUUAUCCGGUGCUUUACAGCAGAGGUUUAAGACUGUGGCGUCGUUGUUUUCGAUACACACCACCUGUGUGAGGAGUGCUGAGCAGUGCUUUCCAGUGAAACACUACUCGCAUGUGAAUUUGAUAAACCAAGUAGAGGGAUUGAUGGCCUGUGAAGCUUUUCUGUAAAUGUGAAGAGGGAAAUGGUCUCAGGGGACAAAGGUCCUCUAUAUUGGACACAACCACUUUCAAAGUAGAUGCCAUGGAAAACUGUCCAAUCCAAAUUAAGCAGGAGGAUUGUGAAUGGGAGGCAAAUCAGUUUAAACAAGAGGGAUUCUCUCUCAAAGAGGAAGAAACGGAAUGGGUGACUGUUGCUGUUAAAGAAGAGGAUAUUGAGCAGGUGCAAGUGACAAUUAAAGAGGAACAUUCUGAAUAUAUUUGUUCAGAUGUUAAAGAGGAAAGUGAUACACAGUACACCCUGAGAAAUUGCUUCUUACCUCAGGAACAUUCUGUACAUGAGAAAUGUGCCUCUCUGGAGUAUCAUGACAAGAGAAUAGAAGAACUAACAUCAAGCCAGCGUGAGAAAUCAGGUUUACAAGACACUGGCUCUGGUUCCCUAUUUACAUUUGGAGUAGUAUCUCUUCAGACCAAAAGUCAGUACAAACAUAUUGAUGGAGACCUGACAGAAUCGCCAUUGGUAUCCACUAAUGUGAAUUCUGUUUGUAUGCAAAAUACUCCAUUAUCUGCAGAGGAACUUUCACACAUUGAGCCUGUCAAAACUUCUUUGUGGUCCCAACCUACAAGCCUAGCACAUUUAUACGAGUGUCAUAUCUGUGGGAAAAGAUUUAAACGCAGGUCAUAUUGUGUUGAACAUCAGAGGAUUCACACUGGUGAAAAACCAUUUUGCUGUUCUGAAUGUGGUAAAAGAUUUAAACGUCAAGGUUGUCUUCAGACGCACAAGAGAAUUCAUACUGGAGAGAAGCCAUAUUGCUGCAAUGACUGCGGGAAGAGAUUCACACAUAUGGGAUCACUUCAAAAACACCAACGGAUUCACACUGGAGAGAAGCCUCAUUGCUGUGCUGAAUGUGGGAAGCGAUUCACACAGAUAGGUUCCUUGCAGACACACAAGAGAACCCACACUGGAGAAAAACCAUAUGGCUGUACAGAGUGUGAAAAAAGAUUCACACACAUGGGCUCACUUCAGAAGCACCAGAGGAUUCACACUGGGGAGAAGCCGUACUGUUGUACUGAAUGUGGCAAGCGAUUCACGCACAAAAAUGUUUUUCAGGCACAUAAGAAAAUUCACACUGGAGAGAAGCCUUAUCCCUGUACUGAAUGUGGCAAGCCAUUUGCUGACAGGCAGCAGCUUCAGAAGCACCACCGAAUUCACACUGGAGAGAAACCAUACUGUUGCACCGAAUGCAACAGGCGAUUUACACAAAUAAGUCAUCUUCAGAAACAUAAGAGAACUCAUACAGGAGAGCGUCCAUAUUCCUGUGUAGAAUGUAACAAACGGUUCACAGAUAGGCAACAACUUCGGAGACACAAGACUGUUCAUACUGGAGAGAAGCCUUAUUCUUGUACUGAGUGUGGCAAACAUUUCACAGACAAACAGCAACUGCAGAGACACAGGAGAACUCAUACAGGAGAGAAGCCCUAUUGUUGUCCUGAAUGUGGGAAGAGAUUCACAAUUUCAAGUUCUCUUCUGAGACACAAGAGGACUCACACUGGAGAGAAGCCAUACUCAUGUACCGAAUGUGGAAAGCGAUUCACACAAAUCGGCUCACUUCAGAAACAUGAAAGUUCUCACUGGCGAGGAGCUGUAUUACUGUACUGUGGCACGAACGAGUCAACUGCCGCUCUGAGAUGCAGAGACUGCGAGAGGGGAGUGUACGGCUGGCCUGAGCGUAGCUCCCCAGAGAGAGGUUUGCAUCUGCAGGCUAUAAAUGUGAGGAGAGCUUCUCAGAACACAGACAGCGCUGCAGAAAGCUUCAUAGUGGACAUGGCCCACCUUGAAGUGGACAGGCUUUUGGUUCAUGGAAUUCAGAUAAAGCAAGAAGAGAAUUGUGAAUGGGAAUCUGCCCAGUUUAACCAAGAAGACCCUUCUGUAAAGCAGGAGGAUUGUGAAUGGCAGACUGUUAUUAUUAAAGAAGAGCAAUUAGAAAAUGAAUCUUCAAGCAUACCAUCACAGAAACAUGGAACUGUAAUCUGUAAGCAGGAGACAACUAUAAAGUUGGAGCCAGUCACAUAUAAUAUUUGUCCAGAAAUAUUUGAAGCCUGUCGAGUAGAUUCUGUCUGUCUGAAAGCUGAAAUGCUGGAACUUGGAUUUGGGAAUAAAAGCAUAGAGGCAAUUUCCUACAUGAUAAAAGGGAAAGACCAAACAGUUAAAAGUCAAUCUGGACAAACAGAUUUUCAAGAUAAAGGAAGCUGCUCCUUGUCUUUCCUGGCUCAGGCCUCUCUUCAGUCUAGUGAAAAGCAGAGCAAAAGUCAAGCUGGAGAAAAACCUUUCUCCUGCACUGAAUGUGGUAAACAAUUUACACGAAGAGGUUCCCUGCAGGCACACAAAAGAACUCAUACAGGAGAAAAACCACAUUGCUGCACUGAGUGUGGCAAAAGAUUCACAGAGAUACGUUCCCUUCAGAAGCAUCAGAAACUUCACACUGGAGAGAAACCAUAUUGUUGUACAGAAUGUGGUAAGCGAUUUGCAGACCGACAGACACUGCAGAGACAUUUAAAAACACACUUUGGGGAAAAACCUUAUUGCUGUACAGAAUGUGGCAAGCGAUUUCCAGACAAACAGCAGCUUCAGAGACACACAAGGAUUCACACUGGAGAGAAGCCAUAUUCCUGUAGAGAAUGUGGCAGGCAGUUUGCACAAACAGACUCUCUUCAAAAACAUCAGAGAAUUCAUACUGGAGAGAAACCAUAUUGCUGCACGGAAUGUGGCAAACGAUUUGCAGACCGGCAGACAUUUCGAAGGCACAAAAGAACUCACACAGGAGAAAAGCCGUACUGUUGUAUUGAAUGUGGUAAGCGAUUCACAGAGAUACGUUCACUUCAGAAACACCAAAGAGCUCACACUGGAGAAAAGCCACACUGUUGCGCUGAAUGUGGCAAGAAAUUUGCAGAAAUGCGUUCUCUUCAAAAGCACCAGAGAAUUCACACAGGAGAGAAACCAUAUUGCUGUACAGAAUGCGGUAAAAGAUUCAUAGAAAUGAGUUCUCUUCAGCGUCAUGGAAGAAUUCAUACUGGAGAGAAACCAUAUUGCUGUUCUGAAUGUGGUAAACAAUUUGCACAAAUUGAUUACCUCCAGAAACAUCAGAGAAUUCAUACUGGAGAGAAACCAUAUUGCUGUAUGGAAUGUGGGAAGCGAUUUGCAGAUCGACAACCACUUCAGAUUCACAAGAGGGUUCACACAGGAGAAAAGCCAUAUUGCUGUACCGAAUGUGGCAAAAGAUUCACACAAAUUGGUUCUUUACAAAAACACCAGAGAAUUCAUACUGGGGAGAAGCCAUACUGCUGUACUGCAUGUGGCAAACGAUUUACACAAAUAGGUAAUCUUCAGAUACACAAGAGAGUUCAUUCUGGAGAGACAACACCCUGCUGUUGUGGCACAGAAUUACCCUGUCCAGUUCAGGAUCCAAACCAUUGUAUACAAAAGCAGUUAGUUUAUUUUAUUUCUUUGUAAUAGUGGGUAGGAUUUGAAAGAAAAAGGAAACACAACCAAAAAAACAGAAAGCACCGGGGUUUGG